UAAAAAGCCACAGGAGCUCCCCAUCUGACACAGGUCCUCUGGGACAGCAGAGCUCACAACCGUCCAGGACAAGAGCCAGGAAGAAACCAGAAAGACAGCACCUUGUGUAAGCAUGACUUCCAAGCUGGCAAUUGCUCUCUUAGCAGCCUUCCUGCUUUCUGCAACUCUGUGUAAAGCUGCAGUUCUGUCAAGAAUGAGUUCAGAACUUCGAUGCCAAUGCAUAAAUACACACUCCACACCUUUCCACCCCAAAUUUAUCAGAGAAUUGCGAGUGAUUGAGAGUGGACCACACUGUGAAAAUUCAGAAAUCAUUGUUAAGCUUGCCAAUGGAAAAGAAGUCUGCUUAAACCCCAAGGAAAAGUGGGUGCAGAAGGUUGUUCAGAUAUUUUUGAAGAGAGCUGAGAACAAAGAUCCAUGAAAACAACAGCAACAACCAAAAAUCCAUUUGUCCAUGGCUUCCAAGAAUUCCUCAGUAAAGAUACAAUGAAACUUCAAACAAAUCUACUCCAAAGCCUCAUGUACUGUGUAGGUCUGGUGUAGGGUUGCCAGAUAAAAUACAGGAUGCCCAGUUAUAGUUGAAUAUUAAGUAAAACAAUGAAUAUUGUUUUCAAUGUCCCACGUACAUCAUUCCAUGUAGGACACACUUAUAUUUUAGAUAUUAUUCAUUGUGUACGAUAAAUUCAAAUUUAGCUGGAAAUCCUGUUUGUCAUUUUUGUUUUCUGUUAAAUCUUGCAACCCUAGUCUGCUGGCCAGGAUUCACGAGUCCUUGUUCAACUAAGCUUGUUUCUUCUUCACUCCCAAACUGGAGAAAAACAUCUCAGCCACUAACCUACCUCACAGAGAUGUGAGGUCAUGUGGAAGCACUUUAACUUUUAUUCAGUCAUGUAAUUAUUUUGAAGUGUAACUUAUUCACCUAUUUAUUAUAUAUAUAUUUAUUUAAGUCUAAAAUAUAGUAAUGUUUGGGCAUGAAUUUGGGGAAAUGGGAAAGAAGCAUUGUUGAUAAGUAUAAUGAUGGUAGUGAAUUUAUAUUUAUUUUUUAUAUUGUGAUGAAUUACAGAACUACUUUGAUCAAGGUUGUUUUAUUAUGAUCAUAGUUGCCAGAUUUAGCAAAUUAAUAGAAAAUAAACAAAAAACACAUCCAGUUGAUUUUUCUUUCAGAUAAACAAUAAAUAAUUUUUUAGUAUAAGUACAUCAUUAUUUAUCUGAAGUUUUAAUUGUGUUGGCAAUCCUACUUUUCAUAUGCCUGGUCUGGUCUUGUCACUGCAAGCCUUAUUAUGCAGUGCUGUGUUAAAUCACCUGAAUCCUGAGUUAUGACUAUCUUUCUCAAAAGAGCAAAAAUUCACCAGGGAAUAUGAAUAAAGUAAUUUCUUGUUAUUUCUUAUUUAUUUAUUCUGAACAAUUAGAUUCUCAUAAUUAUAUUUAAAUUAUUGUAUAUUUUAACACCAACUUUAUUUUUUACUUUAAGAUGCUUUUAUG